UGACAAAAAGGUUCAUAACACCCUUGUCAUGACGUCACCUCGCAGCCGUUUCCCAGGAGAGGGCGUGGCUUGCUGACGCAUUGCGGCUCCCUCCCCGGUGCGUAAACGGAGCGGAGAGAGGCAAGGCGGCGCGUGAAUCAAGCGUCCCUCACGUGUGUGUGUAUGUGUGUGUAUGUUUGUGGACGCGCGUGGAUGUCUCACCUAUCAGCGGCAGCGGCGUCAGUCUGCAUGUGGAGCUCGAGCCGGAGCUGAAGCAUCCGGGCCGGACUGCGCAGAGAUGCGGCGCACAUAGUCGCGACAUGCGGACACACCGCCUCGCCUUCUCGCUGAUAUCAUGGUUGAAAAAUACUCAGUUGAGAUAAUUUUUGCUUUUUUUAAAUGUUAAAUGGCGGCGCUGAAGUCGAGGUGAGCAGCUCUGUUGCUCGGUCCUGCGCACUUUUUUUCCUCGCUGUUUUGCCAGGGCAAGCAGCCAACGCAGAGAAAUACGCCGUUGCUCGUUGUUUUUCUAUCGACUGUUUUGUGAGGAAUCAUGACGACGGGGCAGGAUGAAAGCUCAGUCCGAGUGGCGCUGAGGAUUCGUCCUCAGCUGGCCAGGGAGAAGAUAGAGGGAUGUCACAUCUGUACAUAUGUGAUGCCCGGGGAGCCUCAGGUGAUCCUGGGCAAAGACAAGGCCUUCACCUACGACUACAUGUUCGACAUGGACUCUCAGCAGGACGCCAUCUACACCACCUGCACUGAGAAGCUGAUCGAGGGCUGCUUCGAGGGCUAUAACGCCACCAUCUUUGCAUACGGACAGACGGGUUCAGGGAAGACCUACACCAUGGGGACAGGCUUUGACGUAAACAUUUCAGAUGAGGAGCUGGGUAUCAUCCCCCGUGCUGUCCACCACCUCUUUAAGGGCAUUGAGGAGCGCCGAGCGGCUGCCCAGGAGCAGGGACGCCCAGUACCUGAGUUUAAGAUCAACGCCCAGUUCCUUGAGCUUUAUAAUGAGGAAGUUCUGGACCUGUUCGACUCCACAAGAGACAUGAAGCAGAAAUCUCACAUCAAGAUCCACGAAGAUGCUAGUGGGGGAAUCUACACAGUGGGAGUGACCACACGGACAGUGUCCUCUGAGGCCGAGAUGAUACAGUGCCUGAAGCUGGGAGCUCUGUCUCGCACCACAGCCAGCACUCAGAUGAACGUCCAGAGCUCUCGAUCACACGCCAUCUUCACCAUCCACCUGUGCCAAGUUCGCGUCUGUGCCUCUGACAAUCAAGAAACUGAGACUGAUAAUAGAGUUUCCAAUGGAAACUCCGAGAUGGACGAGUACGAGACGCUGACAGCCAAGUUUCACUUUGUGGACCUGGCCGGUUCUGAGAGGCUGAAGAGAACUGGAGCGACAGGUGAUCGAGCCAAAGAGGGAAUCUCCAUCAACUGUGGACUGCUUGCUCUGGGGAAUGUAAUCAGUGCUUUGGGUGACCGAGGCAAGAGGGCCUCACAUGUGCCUUACAGAGACUCCAAACUCACUCGACUUCUACAGGACUCAUUAGGAGGAAACAGCCAAACUGUAAUGAUCGCCUGCAUCAGCCCGUCUGACCGCGACUUCAUGGAGACACUGAACACAUUAAAGUACGCCAACCGAGCCCGCAACAUCAAGAACAGGGUUAUGGUGAACCAGGACAAGGCCAGCCAGCAAAUCAGCGCACUGAGGACAGAGAUCGCUCGACUGCAGAUGGAGCUGAUGGAGUACAAGACGGGUAAACGUAUGGCAGGUGAGGAUGGUGUGGAGAGCUUCAGCGACAUGUUCCACGAGAACUCCAUGCUGCAGACGGAGAACAGCAACCUGAGGGUGAGAGUGAAGGCCAUGCAAGAGACCAUCGAUGCUCAGAGGGCGCGACUCACUCAGCUAAUCAGUGACCAGGCCAACCAGGCCCUCUCCAAAGCAGGUGAAGGUGGAACUGAGGAAAUUGGAAACAUGAUUCAAGGUUACAUCAAAGAGAUUGAGGACCUCAGAGCCAAACUCCUGGAGAGCGAAUCUGUUAAUGAGCAUUUGAGGAAGAAUCUGUCUCGUGCCUCCAAUCGCCAGUCUCUCUACGGAGGACCCGGCACUUUCUCCUCCACGUCGCUGGCCCCUGAGAAGGAGACUUCUGACAUCAUUGAACUUGCCAAGAAGGACCUGGAGAAACUGAAGAAACGAGAGAAAAAGAAAAAGAAAAGACUCCAGCUGCUGUUGGAGGAGAGAGAGAGGGAGGAAAGGGAGGAGGUGGUGGAAGAGGUUGAGGAUGCCAGUGCAAGCAAGGAGGAAGUUCCUGACAAUGAGCAAGAAAAAGGCACAGAGAAGGAAAUGGCAGAACGGGUCAACGAGGAGACAGAAAUGGAGGUCCAGGAAGGCAGCGACCACGAGGAAGGAGAGGAGGAAGAGGAGGAGGAGGAAGAAGAGAUGGAUGUGGAGGAGAGCUCAGAUGAUUCUGACUCAGAGUCAGAUGAAAAAGAGAACUUCCAGGCUGAUCUGGCAAACAUCACCUGUGAGAUCGCCAUCAAGCAGAAGCUGAUCGACGAGCUGGAGAACAGCCAGCGGCGUUUGCACACGCUUAAACAGCAGUACGAGCAGAAGCUGAUGAUGCUGCAGUGCAAGAUCAGGGACACCCAGCUGGAGCGGGACCGUGUCCUCCACAACAUGACUUCAGUAGAAAGCGGCACUGAGGACAAGGCUCGCAAGAUAAAGGUUGAAUAUGAGAAGAAGCUGAGCGUCAUGAACAAGGAACUUCAGAAGCUCCAUUCAGCUCAGAAGGAGCAUGCCCGCCUGCUGAAGAACCAAUCGCAGUACGAGAAACAGCUGAAGAAGCUUCAGAUGGACGUGGCGGAAAUGAAGAAGACGAAGGUCCGUCUCAUGAAGCAGAUGAAGGAGCAGCAGGAGAAGAACAGGAUGAACGAGUCUCGCAGAAACAGAGAAAUUGCUUCCUUAAAGAAAGAUCAGCGCAAGCAAGAGCACCAGCUAAAGUUACUGGAGGCUCAGAAAAGGCAGCAGGAGCUCAUUCUGAGGAGAAAGACUGAGGAGGUGACAGCUCUGAGGAGGCAAGCCAGGCCCACCUCGGGUAAGGUUGUCAGAAAGGUCAAUCUCCCAGAACCAGUCCAGGACUCCAGCCACAGACCUCCAUCUGGCCGCAUGUACUCCUCCAGCAACUCUGCUCCCAACGGCACUCGGUCUUCCUACAGGCGUACAGUUGGUGUAUACUCCACCAGAAUCGCACGGAAUAAAUGGCAGUCUCUGGAGCGAAGGAUCACUGACGUCAUCAUGCAGAGGAUGACCAUCUCCAAUAUGGAGGCCGACAUGAAUCGCCUCCUCAAGCAACGAGAGGAGCUGACCAAGCGUAAAGAAAAGGUCAUCAGAAAGAGGGACCGACUUGUCAGGGAGGGGCCAGAGGCAGAGAAGGCGGUUCUUCCUCUCAACGAAGAAGUGGACGCAUUGACAGCCAACAUUGACUACAUCAACGACAGCAUUGCAGACUGUCAGGCCAACAUCAUGCAGAUGGAGGAAACCAAGGAGGAAGGCGACAUAGUAGACGUCUCUGCUGUUAUUAGUUCUUGCACUCUGACAGAGGCUCGUUUUCUGUUGGAUCACUUCAUGUCAAUGGCUAUCAACAAGGGUCUCCAGGCAGCCCAGAGGGAGUCUCAGGUGAAGGUGAUGGAAGGCCGGCUGAAGCAGACGGAGAUCACCAGCGCCACACAGAACCAGCUGCUCUUUCACAUGCUGAAGGAGAAGGCUGAGUUCAACCCGGAGCUGGACGCACUGCUGGGGAAUGCACUGCAAGAGCUAGGUAACAUCCCAGCUGAAAAUGGAGAUGAUAGCAGCAGUGAUGAGUCUGCCCAGAGCCCUUCUGCUGAGGGAAACACUUUGGCAUCAGAUCUCAUGAAACUCUGUGGAGAGACGAAAACCAGAAAUAAGGCUCGUAGGAGGACCACCACUCAGAUGGAGUUGCUGUAUGCAAACAGCGACUCCGCCCCUGAUGCACCGACUGCGGACUUCACCAGUCCGAUGCUGCCGUUAGCUGAAACACCAGAUGGGGGAGGAGACGUGGACUCGUCAGGCUCAUCAGUCAGGGACUACACAGCUCUCUCCCCUGGCUUUUCCUCUAAAAUGGGCAGCAUUUCUGGCUCCAGAACUUCGUCAGGGCUGGAAAAGCGAGCUCCGGAGCCUUCCCCGCUCUCGCGCAGGAAGACCUAUGACAAGGCACAAGCAGCGGCUGACAGGGCAAAGGUCAAGGAGAUUAAACAGUCGAAUGGAUGCCUCCACCCACCCUCCAACCGCUUCCUCCAUUCUGUUUCCCCUUCUUUCUCCGAUCCACCAAAGGGCGUCAUUAACCCGGUGCCCGCUACUAAGGGCAGUCGGUCAGCGACGUUACAGUGCGUCCACGUGGCAGAGGGACAUAGUAAAGCUGUUCUAUGUGUUGACUGCACCGAUGACCUUCUCUUCACUGGAUCCAAAGACCGGACCUGUAAGGUGUGGAAUCUGGUGACUGGCCAGGAGAUAAUGUCCCUGUCCGGUCACCCCAACAACGUUGUGUCGGUCCGCUACAGCUCCAGUUUGGUCUUCACCGUCUCCACCACCUACAUCAAGGUGUGGGACAUCCGGGACUCAGCCAAGUGCAUCCGAACACUAACGUCUUCUGGUCAGGUUAAUGUCGGGGACGCAUGUGCGUCAAACACCAGCCGAACAGUCACAAUCCCAGCAGGAGAGAACCAGAUCAACCAGAUCGCUCUCAACCCCAACGGGACGGUUCUGUACGCUGCCGCUGGGAACUCGGUCAGAGUUUGGGAUCUGCGAAGAUUUGCAUCCACGGGUAAACUUAUAGGUCACCUUGGUCCAGUGAUGUGUCUGACUGUGGAUCGGUCUGGAAACAACCAAGACCUGGUGAUCACCGGGUCCAAGGACCACUACAUCAAGUUGUUUGAUGUGACUGAAGGCUCUCUGGGGAGCAUUGGCCCAACACACAACUUUGAACCUCCCCAUUAUGACGGCAUCGAGUCUCUGGUGGUCCAGGGAGACAUUUUAUUCAGCGGCUCCCGAGACAAUGGCAUCAAGAAGUGGGACCUGGAUCGCAAAGACCUGCUGCAGCAAGUCCCAAAUGCUCACCGUGACUGGGUUUGUGCACUGGGAGUGGUUCCCGGGUCUCCGGCCCUGCUGAGUGGCUGCAGAGGUGGGGUGCUCAAGCUGUGGCACACGGACACAUUGGGGACUCUUGGAGAGCUGAAGGGCCACGAGAGCCCCAUCAACGGCAUCUCUGCCAACAGCAGCCACCUGUUCACCGCCUCCGAUGACCGGACUGUGAAGAUCUGGCGUGCACGUGGUGGACUGGACAGCACCUUAGAGGCGGGUGACAAUGCGGACGAGGUGGCCAGUAACUGAACAUGCUGCCACUUGCUGGGUUUGACUCUGAAAGGACAUUAAAAGCAUCUUUUGAUGCUGCAGCUCUGCACUUUGACCCUUAACUUCUCAAACCCAAUGCUGACUAAAACACAUACCUUCCAUGCCAUGUAACCUUUAUGACUGAGCCAACAGGAUUUAAUCUCAACAGAAACUACCACAUUAAUUAUUUUCUUAGACUCUGUACGUUCAGAGUGUAGUUCACCGUACUGUUAAUGACUCUCUGCAGCAUGAUAUUUUUCUCUUUUGCGCUGUGGACAAUACGUCACCUCAGAUCAUGAGAAGAACUUGUUCUCACGUCUCAAGUCAUUUAUUUAAGAGUUAAACAAGACAAACGCACAGCGUGUCAGGAUAAAGUACACCUGUGGACACACAGUUAAAUAGUAGCAGUGUGUUUUGUUAGAUUAGGUAAAAUAGACGAGACAUUGAGCGUUAGAGGAGGAAAAGAGGGCAGAUCUAACAGGUUGCUAGCUGGUCUUCGCAACCCAGUUCUCCACUUUCUUGGGAUUGUUGAGAUUGUUUCUUUGCACUUGAUGCAGAACCAAUGUCCCCGUGUUCCUUUUCCCCCAAAUAACAGAAGUGGCUUUACUGUAUGUGUUAAAGACAAAUCACCGUUCCCCUUAACUUCCCUCUCUCCUGCCUUUAAGCUCCUCCCAUCUCAAGUUCUGCAGCUGUUUAAGACCAGCGACCAAAAUCGUGCAAACUUGUCGUCUUUGCUGUCCUGCACUGCACUCGUGAACAGAACACACUUUACAGUAACCGUUCCACUUAGAGCAUAGAGUUUGACAUUUUGGGAAAUAUGCUCAUUUGUGUCCUAUUUGUGAUUCUGAUGAUGCUAAUCUGACUGUUCAAUGCAAAAUGCUUCAGCCAGAAACUGGUUAGGGUUAACAUCAGGGCUGGAAACAUGGGGAGAGAGUUGGCCUGUCUCUGACCAACUGGGUGAAAGCUGUCAAAGCCUCCAUUUACAAUGUAUUGCAGCACAUUAACAAGCGAACAUCUUAUUUACAACUCUGUGUUGUCCUUUAGUGUGUCAGUGUCUGUACACCACAGGCUACGCUGUCCCUCUGAAUUACUGCCGCAUGGUCUCACAAGCGAAGUUCUCGUGUUUCAUUUGCUGUUCAACUCACUACUACUUGCUGCGGCUGAAAGUACACAUGGACCGUUUGUGAAUAUUUUGAUAUAGAUUCCGAGACAGUGACUUGGCUAGUUGGCUAGGUAGUCUUGUUGUGAAACAUACUUUUAGGGUAUAUUUACAGUUUUUCAGCUUUGAAUCUUGCUAGCCUAAUGUCAGCUUUCUAGCUAUAGCCGAGCAGAAGGGUUCUGGGAGCUUAGCGGACAAGUUUAUCUCCCAAUGAUAAUGAUGUGAUUGCUACAUCUAUCAGUCAUACCUUAAGGUGUUGUCAGGAAGACAACAUUAAUAUUGUAAAAAGAUCGCAUUUAAGUAUAGAUGUAUGGCUUUGUUUUUUCUUGACAAGUCACCAUGAUAUGGGGAUUAUGCCCUGUCCAUGAUUAUUCACAUUGAAUCUUUCUAGCGUAACAUUAGCUUUCCUGGCUAAUAGCAGAGACUGAGGCCUUAAUGAGCUGAGCAGACUAAUUUUAUCUCCCGUUAUGAAGUCAUAUCUAAGUAGCUGUAGUCGUAAAGCCUUCUCCCUAUUAGUCAAACCCUUAGGUGUUUCCAUGGAAACUGAGUUAUAGCUUGGGAAUUGCUGUAGAUUUUUCUGCCAGAAUGCAUUAAAAUACAAAUUAUUGGUCUAAUUAAUAGAUGGUCAGCCUGACACAUUGUCAGGUAUCAUAUCUUGUAUGUUUAAACCAUGCAAAAACCAAAGGAUCAAAUUGGCAAAUUGUUUUACAGGGGGUUAUGUGGUGGUAACUUGGUAACUUCCCUCUCCAACACAGUCACGAGCAAGGUUUAAUGAGUCAAUUAGCUUUGGAGGUGUUGCUAUGCCGAUUUUGUUCCCCUCAGCCAGAACCAGGACUGUAGUUCCCCCCUGCUUUCAGUCUUUAUGCUAAGAAAAGCUAACUAUAGUUGGUUUCUAUCAUUUCAUGCCACUCGUUGCCAGAAAGUGAAUACGCGUAUUUCCCAAGAUGGCAAACUGCUCCUUUAACUCUUGAGCACUUGUGAAAACUGACACUAGUCUUUGAGAAACACUUAAUCCUUCAUAAAUGUGAGCAGGUACAGUAUUUAUAUUUACACUUGUUGUUCACGUUUCAUCGUAUGUAAAAACGUACUUUCACUCUUCACGUGUCGCAGUUAGCACUCACUGAACCUACACUACUGAGCUGUCGUCUAACUCCCAUGCUGCUAAGUCCUGUGCUCACCUUCUUCAACCCUAUAAGAGGGCUUCUUGUCAUGGACUCCGGGUGAGGUCCGCUUUGUACCGAGCAAUGUGUAUGUAUAUACAGUACAUGUACUAGUAUCUUUUUUUUUUUUUGGAGAGGAGAGGCCUUCAGACUCUGCCUGUGUCGUGACCGACAUCUGUCUCCCAGUUCUGAUCCUCGUGGGGCCUUCCUGGAGACCAUCGUGGUCUCCCUCAUGUAACUGAUCUGUCUGAUUGUGUGCUGUCACUUUUGAAUGUUCGUUGAAAGAGCAGUUGUAGGCAUUAUUCAAGUACAUAUCUGAUGUGUGUUAACAAUGUAUUUAAAGAAGAAUCUGACUGAAUGUUAGUUUUGUGGGACCACCGAUCUGAACGCAGUCUCACACGUUGAGCCGAGAGGACCAGGAUUGGCAAGAAGACUGAUGAGCAGUAUUAAAGCUUUGGAGGUGGCAGGUUAUGUUUAGUUGCCUACGGUUAGGUUUUUUUCUCCCUCUCUGUUUCGUUAGUUAUGCUGUCCCUGUUCCACAUAUCCUGGGCGUUCCUCCCUCUGGAGUUUUAGUAGCCAUUCUCAAGUGGCGGAUUCUGUAGCGAUUCUAAUGUCAGAUGCCUGGUGAGAAUAAAUGCCAUCUGUCAAAAACAACCAAA